AUGGAAGAUUACAUCACUAUCCGUCCUGAAAAGCUUCUGACCAACCCAACCGAUCUGGCAUCUCGUUCGUCUGGCCCAAGCCACAUUGCGAUUCUGAUGGAUGAGAUAAUGAGUGCAGCCAUGGAGGCUGAUGGGUCCAAGAGCUCUGCCGCCGCAGGCAAUGAUAAGGACAAGGUCCAGAAACCGCAGGAAGGAGGAGGCGGCGGCGGGCCAAGAGCGGAAUGUCGUUUCUGUCACGACGAGGACUGCGUCUCCAGAUUUGAUACGCCUUGCCGUUGCAGUGGCACUUUGAAGUAUGCUCACAGGAGUUGCAUCCAGAAAUGGUGCAAUAUCAAAGGGGACACCAUUUGUGAGAUCUGCCGCCAGCCCUACGGUCCAGGUUAUGCUGUGACGCAUCGGAGCUCUUCCAAUAACGACGAGGAUGAUGAGAGGGAAGGGUGGAGAAUUCCGAGCACUAAUGCACAGAUUUAUUCCCCGCUAACGCUGGCGGAAAUGGCGACUGAUCGCAUGGCGGCAGCUCUGAAUGAAGACUGUGACUUCAGACAUCCCACUGGAGGUGUUUUGUGCGGAACCGGCGUCCUCAUCAUUUUUAUCGUGAUGAUUCUGAGGGACGUUUAUUACUACAGGCCACCUCAGCAGCAGGACAAAAUGUUCAAUUACUUCAUGUUUGUGAGUGUGGAUGACAGACAAUUCCAUUACUGUGGAGAUACUUCCGAGAAAGGAACCGAUCAUAGUGACUUGUGCUCCAGGGAAGGGUCUGAUUCUGCAACAAAAUCAGGAUCUGGGGACGAGUUGCAGAUCAGAAAUCAUCCUUAA